UGAGAAAACGAAAUCUCAACCUUUAGUUAGCGAUUCUAUAAUAAAGAUGAUUAUCUCAAUGGAAGUUCACUAAACUUACUAAUUAUUAUUUCUUGUUGGAUACAAUUUGAGUAAUAAAUGCUCAAAACUCAACUAGUUCUUCUAUUACUAGCUACGUAUAUAAUAUAAAAAUAUUAUUUGAAAUAAAUCCUAAGGUCUUUCCUAUAGAAGAAAGAGGAAUAAUUUGUUUGUUAGAAAUAUCUAUAAGAAAAAAAGAGGAAAAGGAAGCAUGGAAAAGGUAGCAGGAUUGAUAUCAAAGGAUACUGUUCGGUGGGUGAGCUCUAUAGUACAGGGAAGACUUAAAUGUUUGGAUGUGCGAGCACGAAAUGAGUUUCAAAAACAACAUAUAUAUGGAUCUGUGAAUAUUCCUAGUGCUAGUAUUGCAGGUUGUUGGUUUCAACUGCCAGCGAAGCAAGAAGGAUUUGUUGUCUUAGAACAAGAUGGGUGCUAUAUUGACGAUGAUGAAGGGAGUUCGUGCGCUGAGCAACUACAGCUCAAAGGCUGGAAAAUUGAAGGAUCAAUCCGUGCUAGCACGGAGCUUUGGCAAUGGAUUGAGCAAAAGGGCUGGAUGGAACAAGGAGAAAAUAGGAGAGUAUUAUUUGAUCCCAGUCCUCAUCUUAAAGAGACUAUGCCGAUGAUUGAGGAGCGCCUAAAUAACCCAGAGGCACGAGUGCUGGAUGUCGGAUGUGGAUCCGGAAGGGACUUGGCUUGGUUGUGCUCGAGAGAAAGCAAAAUCCGGUAUAAAGUUACAGGCGUGGAUGCAGAGAAACGAGCUAUUUAUAGAUUUUCAAGUUUAUUUGAAACAUUAGGGCUUAAGGACUGUAUCGAACAUAGACAAAUCGCUAAGUUGGAUCCUGUAGGCAAAUGGAAGUGCUACAAUAAAGAAGGAAAGAGAGAUUUAAAUAUUCCAGAGCUCUCAACUUCAGAACUUUUAAAACUAUUUGGAACAUCCCUGGCUACAAAAUCUGGUCAGCAGGAUUUAAAGUAUGACUUGGUCGUGCAAAUUCGAUUUUUGCAUCGAUUGCUCUUAACCCAAACAGACCAGUUACUUUAUGACAAUGGAUUCCUGUUUCUUUGUACUUUUGUAAAUGAUGGCAUCCAUAACUAUGAGUAUCCCAAAGGUCAAGAGCAUCGGCUCGAGCUAGGGGAGGCUGCAGAACUCGUACGGUCUUCAUCACCUGCCAUGAAAAUUCUAAAAGAAGAGAUAGGUUUUAUUGAAGAUGGAAGACCAGUUCAAGUUUUACUUGCUCAGAAGCAAGUCAAUGCUCCCUAAGGUGUUCCUCCAUACUAUAUACAACAAGAGAUCGUCCUAAAAAGGGACACUGUAUUAGGAGCUUUACAAUCGUUGAAUACAUAAAGGAAAUUCCAACCAACUAUGAAUGAAGACUUCAUCUUCCAUAGAGCCCAUUCUUUCUAUCCAUAGCACUUUUUGGCUUGUGCUUGUUGUAUCACACGAGUAGCAAUGACUUGUCCUGAGG